AUGGGCGCAGCGACUACUGCUCGCAAGCACGUAGGAAAGAAGAGAUCUUCGCAUGCUAAAGCCUCCCCGCCCCAAGAGAUGGCGACACUUUCCCAAAGCCAUUUCAUUCUGGAGGAUGACCCUUGCCAACAGGGCGGGAAUGGCCAGAGCGAUUCAUUGCAGCACGGUGAUGCUGCUCCCGAUUUGCAUUUAGCAGUUCCAAAAUCGACGGAUGGUGAUGGAUUGAUGGACAGCUCUGGAUCGGAUUCAGACCGCGCAUCACUGGAAGAGGUUUCAGGGUCGACGAAUGAUGAUGAAAUAACGGAUACCCUCGGGGCGAAUUCGGACCUUGCGUCAUUGGAAGAAAUUACAAACUCGAUGGAUGAUGAUGAAUUAAUGGAAUAUAUUAGGUCGGAUUCGGACCUCGCGUCACUGGGAUAA